CCAUCACGUGAUUGCGAAUUUGUAUUUUCCUCUGGCUGUUUCGUGAGUUGUCUUUCUCGGUUCCCUGAUGUUUGUCAUUAAAACGCAGUGACAUUCGGACGCGCAAAAUUCCGUUCAAAUGCUGGUUUCUUGGAGUUCAUGAAACCGCUAUCAAGAAGGAAUGGUCAGCUUAGCGGAUCAUGAGACGUUUGAGGCAUCCACAGCUGACAGUGUGAACUUCCUUAUACGAGAUGCCACACCGUUGAUUAACCCCUUAGGCUCACCAGACCUAGAGCCGCCCUUUAAAAGUGUUGCAACAGCGGGGGUUAUUAUUUUCCAGAUCUUAAGCCUCCUGUCCAUCGUUGCACUGUCCUUCAUUUUGCCUGCCAUACUUGGGGAUGAUGGCCGCAGUCCGCACGACGCCUACACCAUCUUGCAAUACCUUCAUGCCUGCCUCUGGGCCAUCAUGCUUCUAGUCGACUGCUACCUGAGAAAGCAGCACAACAUCUUGACCUGCAAUGGUUACAUCCACUUCUACCAAGUCACCAAGAGGCUGAGGAGAGUCAACGUCUACGUCUUUUCUGCUGGAUGUGCGGUGCUUUCAGUAACUGCGGUAGUCAUGGACAACUAUUGCCGGGACCGGAAGGCUUGUACCCGUGCACCCCUCGCAGCGGUGAAUUAUUUGCAGAUUUUGUUCAUCGUUGAGGCAUUGGUCGCGCUGCCAUUCCUGGCCAAGUACCUCGGAAUGACCAUCAGCUUCCACAAGAACAAGUGCAGGCCCGACAUCCAGCAUGACGAGCUGUUGCUCAGUUACAUACAGUCCCAGUCGUCGGGCGGGGAGCUUGGUUUUAGGGAUGGCUCUUUCCUCGAGGACAUCGUGGAGAAGCAGGCAGAUAUGAUCCGCUACUUGAAGAAGUACAAUGCUUUUCUGGGGCGCAAAAUCCUGACUCUCAGCGUUGAGCUUAACAGGUAUAAAUCUCAACAGUCAUGCUGAUGAAUAACUCAAUUGCCCAAAAAUACAAAUGUUUGACAUUUUUCAAAAUUUUGGAGUGGACACGUUGAGGCCUUGACAUUCAAGUUCCUUGCACACGUGGAAUUGCAAAAUGUUUUCCUGACAGUGUUUGCUAGUGUUUUGUCUAUAACGCAAGUUUUAAUGUGACUUUUACUGAUGAACUAUCAAGACAUCUACAGUUUGUUUAGUUUGUGUGAGAGUUCUUUUCUACUCCUUUCUGUACAUUUAUGCUGAUCAUCAAAUGUUGCUUGAAAUAGGUUUCUUAACAACUUUGUAAAAUAGGUUUUGAAAUAAAUAUUUUGUGCUGUAAAUUUCCACGUUA